CUAGUUUAAUGAUUGUCCUUUCAACAAAUCGCUCAGGGUAGCGUCCAUAUCUAAAGACGCUUUAUCACGCAUCAGAAAAAUGAAAUCUUAUCGAACUAUCCACUCUGUUUUACACGCUGACUAAUCGUCCAAUACAUUUGAUUCGUGUUGCAACCAUCAGUUUCAUAUCUUGUGUGUCCAUCCAAACGUGGUUAUAAUAAUCUAUACUCUAUAAGUCUAUAGUAAUCAACACCUCUAAAGUUUACUUAAAAUUUGUAAGAUAAGAAAUAAAUUUCGUACCGCAUCUAAAAUAAAACAUAUUCUUCCAUUAAAACAUCUGUUUACGUACAUACGCAAUUGAUUUCAUUAUAGAAAUAACGUUGUCUUUCCUUGUGAAUAAACAGAGGAAUUAACUUCAGAGUUAUUUGGCAGAUUCCAUGAUGGACAUUUAAAUACUGUAAGAAAUACUUAUAAGCAACAAAGAAUGAAAUGGUGAAAAUAAUUCAUUUGAUCUCAAAAAAUGGCAAGCGACACACAGUCAAUUUGUAAAAAGAAGUCUACUCGUUUUCUACAAGUUCCUUUGAAAUCAACAGAACAGAUUUAUUUUGUGUUCUUGAUCCCAACAUUGAUUGCUUGUUUUGCAUAUAUAAUCCAUUUCUCUGCUGACCUGGUAGUCGCCAUACAACAUUUUAGAGAAAAUAAUCCAGUAUGGGGAUAUUGUACUAUCGGUUUCAUGUAUUCGCCAGCAGUCAUGUACUUUAUACUGACAGUUUCGAGGCCAGAUUGGUGGAUGACAGAUGAUGAUAAAUUGGCAAAAGGGGUCUUUGUUUGGUUCUGUCUUCAAUUGUGUCAGUUGAUCGGAUUUGUCUUCUUUUCGCUAUAUAGAUAUGCAGGUCUCAUUGUGUUAUCUGUGGAUGCUAUUAUAUUAUCCGGCAAGGAGAGAACUAAGACUCUAGACAUAGCAGCUGCACCAGCAGCCAUAGAACUAUACCUUUUUUUACAAGCUUGGUUCCAGGCAGUUCCACAAGCUAUCUUCCAAACGCAUCUACUCUUCCGUGAAUCAUCAUUUCAUCAGAGUCACCAGUCCGUUGUUAUUAAAGUGCUUUCCAUUCUUAUGUCCAUUGUGAUUGUAGCUAUUCAAACUACCUCCUUUCAAAGGUUUGAAAGUCAACGCGUUAAUGGUAGAAAACUGCCAUGGGCAAUGUGGUUAAAAAAAUAUUGUGUUCAGGAACUCUGUGAUCUUGAAGAAAAAACUCCCCUAAAGUUAUCUGAUAUAAAGGAGGAAGACACUGUUCAUGCAAAUAAUAUUACAGAGGAAUCUAAAGAAUGUAAUAAAUCUACGAAAGAAGAUGAAGACAAAGAACAAGCUGAUUCUCAUGCCUCUUUAGAUCGUCAAAUAUCUCUAACUCCUCCGUUACCGCCAAAAAAUGUGCAAAUCAUACCACCCCCUACACCUUUACGAGGAAUUACCACAGUCACACCUUUACCUGUUCCUGAUCUACCAGCUCCACCAAGACCAGAUUCAAUAUGUACAAUAACAGAAACCGAAUCUGAAAAUGUACUUACUAAAUCUGAGGCAGAAACAGACAAAGGAUCAGAUAUCUCACACAACUUAAAAGUUCCACAACGAAGGUAUACAAAAAAGGGUUUAGAAGAAGAUGAUCCUAUAGGGAAAUUCUUAUGUUUCUUAUGGUGGUUUUGUUUUAUUCUAGCACGUAUACUAGCUAUUACUGUGUUCUAUGAAUUUUAUCCAGUUUAUUUAGCUAUUGUAAUGACUAUACACUACGGUAUUAUGUUGUUAUACCUCUUCUACUAUACAAAAUAUUAUGACGCCAUUAGUUUCUUUGUUAACUUAUGGUUGGGAUUAAUUUAUAUAGUUUGUUUGAUCGAGUACAGAAUUAAAUUUAAAUAUGCAGAUAAAUGGUUGUUACCAUACUAUGUCUUCGUAAUACUACAAAAUACGCUUCUAACAUUAGUAUGGUACUUCUAUGCAGACGGGAAUGGAUUUUGGUAUUCUUAUAUAUUUUAUGUAAUAUUUUCAAGUAUGGCGCUAUGUAUUUCAUCAACGGUAGUUUAUUGCGUUCUACUUAAGCCAAAGAAACGUAGAAUAUAUACCAGUUGACAAACGAUUAAUAUUAUUUCGUGGUAGAAGAUACAUUGAAAUGUGAUUUUAAAAAUGCUUUAAUCUCUUCUUAGAUUGCAUUAACGUUUUUCGUAUUUACGUGAGCUUCGUUCACAGUUUAAUUUUCUAUGCGAAGAUGCAUUAAAAGAUUGUUUUGUAACGUGAUCGUAAAAUAGUUAAUAUAAUUACAAUUACUAUAUAAUUUUUGUAAUGUAGAAUUAGGUAUAUUAAGGACUGAUAUCGACUACUAGAUAAUAUGUUAAAAAUGUAUUUAUCGUACAGUACUAUAAAUUACAGGUAGCUAUA